AUGGCCAACCCUCUCAACGUUUACCGAGGGCCCGACUCUGUUCGGUCCUACUUCGACCCCGACUCUUCGCCUCCUCUGCCCCUAGUCGAGAUCCCAGACUGCCUCAACCCGUAUCGUCGUCACGGGGUUAGGAUAUACGCCAAGAUGAUGUCUAUGCAUCCUACCAACAAUGUCAAGUCUAUGCCUGCCCUGAACCUUCUCGAAAAGACCGUCGAGCCCGGUUCUACCAAGACCAUUGUCGAGUACAGCUCCGGAUCGACUGUCAUAUCUAUGGCCAUGGUGGCCCGCGUCUUUCACGAGCUCGACGACGUGAGGGCCUACCUGAGCAACAAGACGAGCAUGGCCAAGAUUCGGCUCAUGCAGUUUUUUGGCCUGGACGUAACCCUCUUUGGAGGCCCAUCCCAGCCCGAACCAGAAGACGAGCGCGGCGGCAUCAAGGCCGCCGAGAGGAUUGCCCAUACGUCUCCUUCCGUCAUCAACCCGAACCAGUACGAUAACGACAACAACUGGAAAGCACAUGUCAGGUGGACUGGUCCCCAGAUCCUCAAGCAGCUUCCUGAAAUUAACUUGAUAUGCGCCGGCAUGGGCACAUCCGGUACCAUGACCGGACUGGGAACCUACAUGAAGGCCACCAAGCCCAGCGUAUACCGACUCGGAGUCUGCACGGCACCAGGCGACCGUGUCCCCGGCCCCCGGUCUCACGCCCUCCUGGCGCCCGUCGAGUUCCCUUGGAGAAAGGCAGUCGACAGCAUCGAAGAGGUAGGCUCGUACGACUCCUUUUCUCUUUCCCUGGAGCUAUGCCGGCAUGGACUCGUGUGCGGUCCCUCGUCGGGCUUCAACCUCCAAGGACUCUUCAACUUCAUCGAGGCUCGCAAGGCGGCUGGUACGCUUUCCGACCUGGCGACCGGCGACAGCGGUGAGAUCCACUGCGUGUUCCUGUGCUGCGAUCUCCCCUACCAGUACAUCACCGAGUAUUUUGACAAGCUUGGCGAUUCUCACUUUCCCCCUAUCCACAACGAGCACCUGACAAAGGUCGAUCUGUACCGGUACGACGACGCGUGGGAGGUGGACGCCGUGACCGCCCUGAGGAGCUACUUCAACCUAGCGACGGCCCUGCCCACGGCUGAGACGACGGUCAUCGACCUCCGCCAGCCCCAGGACUUCUCAGCCCUUCACCUCCCCGGGUCGACGAGCGUGCCCUUCGUCCACCCAGACACCCCUAGCCCCUUCACCGAGCCCAAGGCCCUCGGAGCCCUGUGGACGCGCCUCGAGGAGACCUUCCAGUCGCCGACCGACGAGCUGAGGAGCCUGAUGCACUCCCGCCGCAACCUCCUGCUCGUGUGCUACGACGGCGACUCCGCCCGCGUCGCCACCAGCGUUCUCCGCGCCAAGGGUUUCGAGGCUUGCAGCAUCCGCGGCGGCUUCAAAUCCUGGGCCGGCAGGAGCCCCGUCGCCAUGAUAAACGCCAUCAAGGAAGAGCAGAACAACACUGCCGCUGCUGAGGCCGCCGCCGCACAGACCGAUCCCAUCAUCGUGGCUCCCCAAGUUAAUAUGGACUUACCCUCCUCCGAAGCUGCUCCCCUACUAACAUCAUUCACAUCCUUCCUCACCAUAUCCAUCCACACAAUCCUCUACCACCGCCACAUCUACCCACCCGAGACAUUCCUCACGGCGCGCGCCUACAACACCCUAGCCGUCCGACAAUCCCGCCACCCAGGCGUGUGCGCGUGGAUAUCCGACGCUGUAUCCGCCGUAGCGACCCAGCUCCGUGACGGCUCGGUAGAUCGUGUCGUCCUGGCCAUCCACUCGCCCAAGGAGGGGUUCCGCGUCCUGGAGCGUUGGGUGUUUGACGUCUCGCGAUUCCCUUCCGAGUGGGGCGCCGCUGCCGUCGACGACCAAGGCGGGGGCGAAGCUGGUCCCAGCGCGGCCACAGCAGCAGCAGCGGCGGCGGCAACAGCAACGGCGAGAGAUGAUGGCGAGGCGGCUCGGGAGGGUGAGCGCGAGGUCAUCAAUUGGACCGAUGUGAAUGAGUCGAUGAGAGGCGCAGUAGGUCGUGUUGCUUAUGCGGCAGAGAAGAUGGGCCCCAAUCUGCCGAGCGCUUGCACCUUCACUCUCGCUGUCGAGUUGCGUGAUGAGGCGCCUGCUCCUAUCAAGCACCCACAGGAAUGGAUCCCGUCGGAACCACAUAUGCAGCCUGGUCGCGACCCAGAGUCGGCAACAGCCGCUGCGACAACUGUGCCCGUCCGCUCUGUGCGGGCCGGUCCCCUGUUUUUCGAAUGCUGGGCUGAGAGAUCGAGGUUGGUCAAUCUAGCAGGAAGCAACUGA